UUUCGGCUGCUGAAGGGCGCUCCGCCCGCAGGUUGCGGGGACCUGGAGCGGUUCCUGGCCGCCCUGUGCUGCCGGACGGACGCGGUGCUGGAGGCCGCUCGGAAGCUGCUGGAGGACGAGCGGGCGCCCCGCAGACAGAGGCUGCUGACGGAUCUGAUCCACAACCUGAGCGGGGACGGCGCGGCCGAGCGCCGGGACGAGGACGGGAAGUGGUUCGAGGGUCUAGAAUCUCGUUUCAAGAACAAAUCCAGCUAUAUGCGGUACAGCUGUGAAAGCAGAAUACGAAGCUACAUGAAAGAGGUUAGUAAUUUUAUUUCAAAUGUUCAUCCUACAGCAAGAGAUGCAUAUAAAAGGAUACUCGACCUGAUGUCGGAUAAACUGAAAUCUGUGAAAUAUAAUGGCAGCUACUUUGACAGGACAGAGGAGGAGGCAGCGAUGCGCCUGUGCACAAAGGAGGGAUGGUUCUCUUGUCAGGGCCCUUUUGACAGAGAUGACUGCCCAUGUAAGCAUUCUAUCAACCCCUAUACUAACAGGGAAAGCAGAAUCCUCUUCAGCACCUGGAACCUCGAUCACAUAAUAGAAAAGAAACGUAGUGUUGUCCCAGAACUGGCAGAAGCUGUCAAAACACGAGAUGGAAGAGAAGUGAACUGGGAGUACUUUUAUCAGCUAUUGUUUACACUGAAUAACCUAAAACUUGUACAUAUUGCUUGCCAUAAGAAAACCAAUCAUAAUCUCAGCUGUGACAAAACUAAAAUUUACAGAAAAAGGAAGCAAACCCGUGAGAUUUCAUAGUGCUCUCUUUGGAAGCAACUUCUGGUUUUGUUUUUUUUCCAUUUCAAAAUCAUGUAAGAUGGCAUCAUGUUUAAAUAGCUCUUGUUUCUUAAACAAAGCCUUACUUAGCAAGUCUCUUCUGCCAAGGCCUUCUUCCUUUAUCACCUCCAGUGCAUUAAUUGAACUGCAAUCUCACAAAGCACGCGUUCAGAUCGUGCCUGAUUGUCCCACCUUAGGUGACACUGUGCAGAGUGUGAUAAGCUGACUCAUAGCUGCAGUGUGCAAAAUAGAGGCCAGAAGCUGACACUGAUGAUACCUUAUGAUUUCUUGCUUGCUGUGAUAAAUGUAGGUGCAAAAUGCAUGGUACAGAAACUGAACUUUUACAUGAUUCAAUGAUUCAAUGAUUCGAUGCAGAUUGAUACUGCUCUGAACGUUAAGCCAAAGAAAGAAUACUCUAGGGUAAUUAUUCUGUGCCUUCACUAGGAAGACAAGCACUGUACUCCAGACAGACCAAAUGAUUCAGCAGAGCUGCUGGCUUUUCUCUAUGAAAAUAUCUGCACUCAUCUGUGACCAUUCAAUCUACUGUUGCAUAGAUGCAGGUCUUCUAGGAAUAGGCAGGGCUGUGGUGCAUCUCUGCUUUUACCACCCUUGUGCUUUGUCAUCUUUCCCACUUGCCUCUCUGGAUUGAGCUUUCUUGAAGCAACACAUACAAUCUUAUUAUGCAGCAAUCAUGUUUGUCUGCAGAAACUGCUUCUGUAAAACAACUCUCUACCUCCCAGGUAACAAAAUACAAAUAGAUCAUUUUUUACACUUUUUUUUUUUUUUCCUAAAUAUCAGCUGAUAGCAACUGAACUCUCAGGGAUGAGAAUUUUUUAAAUCAAAAAAUAAAAGUAAAAUCACUGCCA